CACACUCUCUCGUCGGGAAAAGCUGUUUUCAUCAUCUCCGGCGUCGGCGUCAGCGUCGGCGUCGUUCCACCCUCUCCGACUUCCUCUUCCCCUAUUUUUCACACACUCACAUACACAGCCCUCUCAAAUUCCUAUUGCCACCAAUUUUCAAACACGGAUUAAACCCUAAAAUGGUGUAUGUCCAAUCCCCCUUCAACAAAACCCUAACCGUCAAUCUCAAUCCUUCAACCACCACUCUGCGGGACCUUCACCUCCAUCUCCAUCGCCACCACCUCAUCCCAAUUUCCCACCAGCGCCUCUAUCUCUCGCCGCGCCUCCUCUCCACCGAAGGAAACGACGCCGUUUUCCUGUCCGAUCUGGGGGUUUCCCCAAAUUCAACCCUAACCCUACACAUCCCUCUCCUCGGCGGUAUGCAAGCGCCUGUGGCUCCAAAAGCCAGGACCGACUUCCUCAACACCAAGCCACCUCCGAAUUACGUCGCCGGGCUGGGCCGUGGCGCCACCGGUUUCACCACCCGAUCUGAUAUCGGUCCUGCCCGAGCUGCCCCUGACUUGCCCGACAGAUCCGCUGCGGCGAUCGGCGCACCUGGGGCGCCUGGCGUCGGCCGCGGCCGGGGGAAGGGAGCCGGCGAGGAGGAAGAGGAGGAGGAGGCUGAGGAAAAGGGAUAUGACGAGAAUCAGAAAUUCGAUGAAUUCGAAGGGAAUGAUGCCGGAUUGUUUGCUUCUGCGGAGUACGACGAUGAGGAUAAGGAAGCUGAUGCUGUUUGGGAGGCGAUUGAUAAUAGGAUGGAUUCGCGGAGGAAAGAUAGAAGGGAGGCGAGGUUGAAGGAGGAGAUUGAGAAGUAUCGAGCCUCGAAUCCGAAGAUCACUGAGCAGUUUGCUGAUUUAAAGAGGAAAUUGUACACAUUAUCGACCGAUGAGUGGGAUAGCAUACCGGAGAUCGGGGAUUAUUCUCAGAGGAACAAGAAGAAGAGAUUCGAAAGUUUCGUUCCGGUACCAGACACGCUGUUAGAGAAGGCACGGCAGGAAAAGGAGCACGUGAGUGCUUUGGAUCCGAAGAGCAGGGCGGCUGGUGGGACUGAAACGCCAUGGGCACAGACUCCGGUUACCGAUUUGACUGCUGUCGGUGAAGGGAGAGGAACUGUGUUGUCAUUGAAGCUCGAUAGGUUGUCCGAUUCAGUCUCUGGAUUGACUGUGGUGGAUCCUAAAGGUUACUUGACAGAUUUGAAGAGUAUGAAGAUCACUAGUGAUGCAGAGGUGUCUGAUAUAAACAAGGCUCGAUUGCUGCUGAAAUCAGUAACGCAGACGAAUCCGAAACACCCUCAUGGCUGGAUUGCCGCCGCUAGGUUAGAAGAGGUGGCCGGGAAGCUUCAGGCUGCACAGAAUUUGAUUAGGAAAGGGUGCGAAGAAUGCCCUAAAAGCGAGGAUGUGUGGUUAGAGGCGUGCCGUUUGGCGUCUCAUGUUGAUGCGAAGGCUGUGAUUGCAAGAGGUGUGAAGGCGAUUCCUAAUUCAGUGAAGUUAUGGAUGCAAGCAGCGAAGCUUGAGUUGGAGGAUGUGAAUAAGAGUAGAGUAUUGAGGAAAGGGCUUGAGCAUAUACCGGACUCUGUGAGGCUUUGGAAGGCGGUUGUUGAGCUUGCUAAUGAGGAAGAUGCGAGGCUUUUGUUGCAGAGGGCUGUGGAAUGCUGCCCGUUGCAUGUUGAGCUGUGGUUGGCACUUGCUAGGCUAGAAACUUACGAUAAUGCGAAGAAAGUGCUGAAUAAAGCGAGGGAAAAGCUUUCGAAGGAGCCGGCUAUAUGGAUCACUGCUGCCAAGUUGGAAGAAGCUAAUGGGAAUACUAGCAUGGUUGGGAAGAUUAUCGAGAGGGGUAUUCGAGCUUUGCAGAGGGAAGGCGUUGAGAUCGAUAGAGAAAUGUGGAUGAAAGAGGCCGAAGCAGCUGAAAGAGCUGGUUCUGUUGCUACCUGUCAAGCUAUAAUCCACAACACGGUUGAGGUUGGGGUGGAAGAAGAAGAUAGGAAGAGAACUUGGGUUGCUGAUGCAGAAGAGUGCAAGAAGAGAGGCUCUAUUGAGACGGCGAGGGCCAUCUAUGCCCAUGCUUUAACUGUGUUUUUAACAAAGAAGAGCAUAUGGCUGAAGGCUGCUCAGCUUGAGAAGAGCCAUGGCACUCGGGAAUCUCUCGAUGCUCUGCUCCGGAAGGCUGUUACUUACAUACCACAUGCUGAAGUUUUGUGGCUCAUGGGUGCCAAGGAGAAAUGGCUUGCUGGGGAUGUGCCUGCAGCUCGGGCGAUUCUUCAAGAAGCAUAUGCUGCAAUUCCCAACUCCGAGGAGAUUUGGCUUGCUGCAUUCAAGCUUGAGUUUGAGAAUCAUGAGCCAGAGAGGGCGAGGAUGCUUCUUGCAAAGGCCCGAGAGAGGGGAGGAACGGAGAGAGUAUGGAUGAAGUCUGCCAUUGUUGAGAGAGAACUGGGCAACAUUGCAGAGGAGAGGAGGUUGCUUGAUGAAGGGCUGAAGCAGUUUCCUUCGUUUUUCAAGCUCUGGCUGAUGCUGGGGCAGUUGGAGGAGCGUCUUGCGAACUUGGAACGAGCCAAGGAUGCGUACGAGCUGGGGUUGAAGCACUGCCCCAAGUGUAUUCCUCUAUGGCUCUCACUUGCUCACUUGGAGGAGAAGGUGAAUGCAUUAAGCAAAGCCCGCGCUGUUCUGACAAUGGCUAGGAAGAAAAACCCUCAAACGCCCGAGCUUUGGCUUGCUGCAGUGAGAGCUGAGUCUCGACAUGGUCAGAAGAAGGAAGCCGAAAUAUUGAUGGCGAAGGCGUUGCAAGAAUGCCCGACCAGUGGUAUCCUCUGGGCUGCUUCAAUAGAGAUGGCUCCUCGGCCUCAACAGAAGACAAAGAGCAGGGAUGCGUACAAGAAAUGUGGCGACGACCCUCAUGUCCUCGCUGCUGUGGGGAAGAUAUUUUGGCAUGAUAGGAAGGUCGAUAAGGCUAGAACAUGGUUUAAUAGGGCUGUGACACUUGCUCCGGAUAUUGGGGAUUUCUGGGCACUGUACUACAAAUUCGAGCUCCAGCAUGGUGGGGAGGAUAACCAGAGGGAUGUGCUGAACAGGUGCGUCGCUGCAGACCCAAAGCACGGAGAGAAGUGGCAGGGGAUAUCGAAGGCAGUGGAGCAUUCCCAUCAGUCUACGGAGUUUAUCUUGAAAAAGGUGGUGGUCGCUAUAGGGAAAGAAGAUCAUGUUGCUGAAAAUGGCAAAAACUAAUUCAUUUACCUCAGUGAUGAGUUUAGUGUUACUUCUGAUUUUGCUAAAGCAUUAGAUGAUAUAGGAAUAUGAUUGUGAAUGCUGACAUCUUACAGUUAAAUUGACAUUGGUGGAUCAAUCAUAGUUUUUUGUUGGUAUC